AUAACCUGGCAUCCUUGCCCAUCACAUCAAAACACAGCCGGUUUUGUGAUGGGCUCCGUGCCGUUUACCGCAAUCCAAAAGCUAUUAAAGUAGUAUUACAAAAGUUGAUUAAAUUUGGUUUAAAUUGAAAUAUUAGUUCUUACUGAAGAUUGGUAUGAAUAGCUCAACAAGCUCUAAAAAUGACCCACAAGAUGUCGUUUGCUCAGAACGUAUUAAAUUUCGUCGAUUACAUUCACAGAAUAUUGUGCAUCGAUUGCGCUAUCGGGAGAUGGGUCUAGGCGUAAAGUCACCACAACACAUGGUGCGCGAGUUCUAUCAAAAUGUGUAUCCAAAUCUCACUAUAGUUAACGUAGAGAAACCACCGUGCUAUCUACGAAAAUUCAGUCCAGAUGGUAGAUUUUUAAUUGCUUUUUCAUCGGAUCAAGCCUCACUGGAAAUUUAUCAGUAUAUGGGAUGUUCGGCGGCUGCCAGUCUAUUCCAGGAUUGGGAAGAUACAGAACUAAUAAUCAAUGACGGUACCGGGGGAAGAAGCUACGACAUUCGAAGUCAAAUUUUCGACAAGUUAUUUAAGAUUAGACAUAUCGUUAAUAUGGAAAACAACGAGAAACAGUUGAAUCGUGAAUGUAGUUUAUUUACCAAUGACGGAAGGUAUGUGAUAAUUGGGGCAGCUGUGUUCAUUCCGGAGGAGAAUCGUCCCCAUUUCUAUGAGCUGUACACAAACAAUGAAGCGAUUAAACCGACCGCCACCUGUCCCCUGGAGGAUUAUACACUUUACAUUAUAGAUCUCCAAAACGGUCGUAUUUCGGACUCAAAGGAUUUCAAGGUGGAUAAAAUUAUUCUGUCUCAUAAUCAAGGAGUGUAUCUAUAUAACGAUACACUAGCAAUACUGUCGAUUCAGCACCAGACGGUUUACAUAUACUCAAUUGCCGAAGGCACAUUUAUCAUGGAACGAACAAUUGGCCGAUUUUGUUGCCCGGAUGAGAGCUAUCUGUACGGUCUUGGUACAGCAACAGGUCGAUCCGGGAAUUUUUUCAACCUUCGUGCAUUUCGAGAACCCACAAUCAACAGUUUAAAGCACCGGAUGCUAGUCUUUCUUUUUCAUCAGGCCAAAAUUAAAGUCGAUACUGACGAAGAUACGCUAGCUUUGCGUAAAUUCUAUCGUCGUUUUGAUGAGUACAGAAAUCUUCGCAUGUGGAAAAUGCAACUUCUUGACGAUGAUCACUUACUGAUCAAAUAUGCAAGCGAAGAUGUUGUCACAUUGAAAAUAGUCGAAACAAACAUCCAAAACUCAAUUUUCGUUAUUUAUAAUAUCUGGAAGAGUCAGAUUAUCGGCAUCUACGGCAAUCAAUCGCCCGAACUACUUUUCCUGUACGAAAAUUUUUGUGACAGUUUCCGGAAUGCCAAUUUGGCCCACCAGACCCAAUUUACAUGCUCUCCGAGUAACAACAUCUACAGCAACCUCAUUCAUCAGCGUUUCAAACAGACCUUGAUUGGUGCUCGUGGAGGAGGGGUUCAGGAAGCGACCAAGCGGAUUCUAGUACAGCUUCCGAUUAGUGCUCAAAGUUACAGUAGCUCUCCAUAUUUGGACCUUAGCCUAUUCAGCUAUGACGACAAAUGGGUCUCUGCUAUGGAACGGCCCAAAGCGUGUGCUGAAUUUCCCAUUCGAUUCUUCGCGCGCGAUUCUGGGUUGCUCAAGUUCCGGAUCUAUGCUGGAGUGCAGAACCAGCAACCAAGUUCCAGCUCAAGAAGACUGGUAGCAUUUACCUUCCAUCCAACAGAACCGUUCGCGAUCAGUGUGCAGCGAAUAAACACUGACUAUAUAGCGAAUUUCCACAUCAGACAUGCCGGAGCUCGUGUGUUGAGGUGAUGGUUUGAAUUGUUUCAGAAGAGUAUCGAACGUAAUAAAUCCGCACCGUGGAUGAAAGGAUAACCAAAACCGAUAGUGUUCUACAAGUAGGUUUAGAAUUAUGCUAUCAGCAUAUUAUGUAGUGAUUUAGUUCUAGAUGCGUAAAUUAUGACAAUACAUUUUUA